AUGGCGACAACCAACGGCGCAAAUGGAGCCGCUGACUCACGGCCCGUGUUCUUUUUUGACAUUGACAAUUGUCUUUACUCGAAAGGUUCGAUCUCACUCCUUCUGAAUGAACUUACCGCGGCAAUACUAACAGGCGGCGCAGAAUGUAACAUUCAUGAUGAGAUGCAAAAGUUGAUCAAUAAAUUCUUCGUCAAGCACCUCGACCUCAACACAGACGAUGCACAUAUGCUACACCAAAAGUACUACAAGGAAUACGGUCUCGCGAUUGAGGGCCUCACACGCCACCAUAAAAUUGACCCGCUCGAGUUUAACUACGAGGUUGAUGACGCCCUUCCCCUCGACGAGAUUUUGAAGCCCGAUCCUAAACUGCGCAAGCUGUUGGAGAGUCUGGAUACAGCCAAAGUGAAGCCUUGGCUGCUUACCAAUGCCUAUGUCAGUCACGGGAAACGGGUGAUCAAGCUGCUGGGGGUGGAGGAUCUGUUUGAAGGUAUCACCUAUUGCGACUAUGGCCAGUUGCCGUUGGUUUGCAAACCUAGCCAGGACAUGUAUGCCAAGGCGGAGAAGGAGGCCGGUGCGCCCAGCACCGAAUCAUGCUACUUCGUUGGUACGUUGCUCGUUAUCUGCCGCGUCACUUCCUGGUGGCUUGUGGACUUGCUUAUCAGAAGAGGGGGUCUCCAACAUACUGACCACGUCUACUGCAUAGAUGACUCAUACCUCAAUUGCAAACAUGCACAAGCGCGGGGCUGGGAAACUGUUCACUUGGUGGAAUCAGGGGUCCCAAUCCCGCGUAUCCCGGCUUCAAAAUACGUGGUCUCGAGUCUCCAUGAGCUGCGGGUGCUCUUCCCGGACAUUUUCAAGCCCCAGGAAGGCGACACAGCCUAG